CGACUCGAAGAAAGCAAUUCGCACGUACUUUAAAUUAUUUCGUAGUUCUUUUAACAUUGCACGCGGACCUUUCGACGGCUUUUAUCGUUUUAACUGAGAACAUUAUUACAAAGCGAGGAAAAAAAAGAAACAAUUUUUACCACAUUGCUGUGAAUCGUUUAGCGAUACGUCAGCAUGGAAGACGGACAUAGUAAAACCUCUGAAGAGGUGAUAAAUUAUUUUAAUGUCGAUCCAGAAAGGGGUCUUACACUAGAUCAAGUAAAACGAAACCAAGAAAAGUAUGGACCUAACGAACUUCCUGCUGAAGAGGGCAAAACUAUCUGGCAGUUAGUCCUUGAGCAAUUCGAUGAUCUUUUAGUUAAAAUUUUGUUGUUGGCCGCCAUUAUUUCAUUUGUAUUAGCCUUAUUUGAAGAACAUGAAGGUGUUGAAGCAUUCGUAGAACCAUUCGUUAUUUUAUUAAUUUUGAUCGCAAAUGCCGUCGUCGGUGUCUGGCAAGAACGGAAUGCCGAAUCCGCCAUCGAAGCAUUGAAAGAAUACGAACCCGAGAUGGGCAAAGUCAUUCGUGCCGACAAAGCUGGCGUCCAAAAGGUGCGCGCCAAGGAAAUUGUGCCCGGUGACGUCGUUGAAGUGUCUGUCGGCGACAAAAUUCCCGCCGAUAUCCGUCUCAUCAAGAUCUAUUCCACGACAAUCCGUAUCGAUCAGUCCAUCUUGACCGGUGAAUCUGUCUCCGUCAUCAAGCACACCGAUGCCAUUCCCGAUCCACGUGCCGUCAAUCAAGACAAGAAGAACAUUUUGUUCUCCGGUACCAAUGUAGCUGCUGGUAAAGCUCGCGGUAUCGUCAUCGGAACCGGUUUGGCUACCGCCAUCGGUAAAAUCCGCACAGAAAUGGCCGAAACUGAGGAAAUUAAGACGCCCUUGCAACAAAAAUUGGACGAAUUCGGCGAACAAUUGUCCAAAGUUAUCUCCGUCAUUUGCGUCGCUGUCUGGGCUAUCAAUAUUGGUCACUUUAACGAUCCCGCGCACGGUGGCUCAUGGAUCAAGGGUGCCAUCUACUACUUCAAAAUUGCCGUUGCUCUUGCUGUCGCUGCCAUUCCCGAAGGUUUGCCCGCUGUAAUUACGACUUGCUUGGCUCUCGGUACACGUCGUAUGGCGAAGAAGAAUGCUAUCGUGCGUUCCUUGCCCUCUGUCGAAACUCUUGGUUGCACCUCCGUCAUCUGCUCCGACAAAACUGGCACACUUACCACCAAUCAAAUGUCCGUCUCCCGCAUGUUUGUCUUCGAAAAGGUCGAGGGUAAUGACAGUUCCUUCACCGAAUUCGAGAUUACUGGCUCAACUUACGAACCUAUUGGAGACGUCUUCCAAAAUGGAUCUCGCGUUAAGGCUUCCGAUUAUGAUGCUUUGCAAGAACUCGGCACAAUUUGCAUCAUGUGCAACGAUUCCGCCAUCGAUUUCAACGAAUUCAAACAAGCCUUCGAGAAAGUCGGUGAAGCUACUGAAACCGCCUUGAUUGUCUUGGCUGAGAAAAUGAACCCCUUCAACGUGACAAAGACUGGAUUGGAUCGUCGUUCCGCCGCCAUCUGCGUUCGCACGGAAAUUGAAACGAAAUGGAAGAAGGAAUUCACCUUGGAAUUCUCUCGCGAUCGUAAAUCCAUGUCAAGUUAUUGUGUCCCAUUGAAAUCCUCUCGUCUCGGAACCGGACCAAAAUUGUUCGUCAAGGGUGCUCCCGAAGGUGUUUUGGAACGUUGCACACAUGCUCGUGUCGGCACCAACAAGGUCCCUCUCACACAAACCCUCAAAAAUCGCAUUCUCGAUCUCACACGUCAAUACGGUACUGGACGCGAUACCUUGCGUUGCUUGGCUUUGGCUACUGCCGACAACCCAUGCAAGCCCGAAGAGAUGGAUUUGAACGAUGCCACCAAAUUCUACCAAUACGAAGUCAAUCUCACGUUCGUUGGUGUCGUUGGUAUGUUGGAUCCCCCACGUAAAGAAGUCUUCGACUCCAUUGUUCGUUGCCGUGCUGCUGGUAUUCGUGUCAUUGUCAUCACGGGCGACAACAAAGCCACUGCUGAAGCCAUUUGCCGUCGCAUCGGUGUCUUUGCCGAAGAUGAGGAUACCACAGGAAAGUCUUAUUCGGGUCGUGAAUUCGACGAUUUGUCUGUUGCGGAACAACGUGCUGCCUGCGGACGUGCUCGUCUCUUCUCCCGUGUCGAACCUGCUCACAAAUCGAAGAUUGUUGAAUAUUUGCAAAGCAUGAACGAAAUUUCCGCCAUGACGGGUGACGGUGUCAAUGAUGCCCCUGCCUUGAAGAAGGCCGAAAUUGGUAUUGCCAUGGGUUCGGGUACUGCUGUCGCUAAAUCUGCCUCCGAAAUGGUCUUGGCUGAUGAUAACUUCUCAUCCAUUGUUGCCGCUGUUGAGGAAGGUCGUGCCAUUUAUAACAACAUGAAACAAUUCAUCCGUUAUUUGAUCUCGUCAAACAUUGGUGAAGUUGUUUCCAUUUUCUUGACUGCCGCUCUCGGUUUGCCAGAAGCUUUGAUUCCUGUUCAACUUUUGUGGGUCAACUUGGUCACUGACGGUCUCCCAGCUACUGCCCUCGGCUUCAAUCCCCCAGAUUUGGACAUCAUGGACAAACCCCCACGUAAAGCUGAUGAAGGUCUUAUCUCUGGAUGGUUGUUCUUCCGUUACAUGGCUAUUGGUGGAUAUGUCGGUUGCGCUACUGUCGGCGGAGCCGUUUGGUGGUUCAUGUACUGCGAAAAUGGCCCACAACUCAGCUACUACCAACUUACACAUCACUUGUCAUGCUUGGGCGGCGGUGAUGACUUCAAGGGAAUCGACUGCAAGAUCUUCAACAGCCCACACCCAAUGACCAUGGCUUUGUCUAUUCUCGUAACAAUUGAAAUGUUGAACGCCAUGAACUCCUUGUCUGAAAAUCAAUCUCUCGUCGCUAUGCCCCCAUGGAGCAACAUGUGGUUGGUCGGUUCAAUGGCUCUCUCAUUCGCCCUCCAUUUCGUCAUCUUAUACGUAGAUGUUCUCUCAUCUGUAUUCCAAGUUACUCCAUUGAAUGGCGACGAAUGGAUCACAGUAAUGAAAUUCUCACUACCUGUCAUUCUAUUGGACGAAGUACUCAAAUUUGUUGCCAGAAAGAUUUCAGACGGUACGAAUUGGCUGCACUCUGUGCACUGGAUUGUGCUCAUGUGGGCAGUGUAUUUUGGCCUAUUACUUUACGGCCCAUUUUAGUUUAAACAAAAAAUCUAAGAAAUACGUUUGUUUGCUUGUGUUUUGUUUUUACUUUUACAAAAAAUAAUAAUAAUAAUAAUUUAAAAAAAAAUUGAUCAAAAAAUGGAAACAACUCAAACGAAAAAAAAAAUCGCGUGCUAUGUUGGGUGUGAGAAUGUUGCGAUUUUUUUGAAAUGGCUCAUAAUUAUAUAAAUAAGAUUUAAAAUUAAAUAGGAGAUCGCGCGCGCGUUGUUAUAGCAAAAAAAAAAUAAUGUUAAUUGUUAUUUAUUUAAUUAGACCCUUUGAAAGGGCCUCAACAGUACGAGAAACGCUUCAUCAUUAAGAUUUUUUUUUAAUUUUUACGUUUUAAUGAUAAGGAAGAAAAAAAUGCCGUUCAAUUCAAAGCCAAUUCAAAAAAAUCUCAUAAAAAAUGGGCCUAAAAUUUUUUUUGCCUGUGUGUGGUUUUAAGCUUUUUUUUAUAUUUUGUUUUACAUUUUUACACUUUUAUGACUUUUUUUUAUGGGAAACGAACUACAUGCCGCCCAUAAUCUUAUAUUUUUGGUGUUUAUUUUUUUUUUAAUUUUAAAAAUUUAAUUAUUUUUUUUUAAUUUUAAUUAAUUACAGACCGAAAAAUUGCUUGCUUUGAUUUUUUUUUAAUAAUUAAUUAUUUAAUUUUAUUUUCAAAAUUAACAAAAAAUUUAAAUUACACACAGUCACACUUAAAAAAAUAGAAAAACUCCGUAAAAGUGCCUAACAGACGACAGAUAGUGGAAAAAAAAAUUUCCAUAAAUACCAAAAAAAUUAAAAAAUUAACUUCCAGUCAAAAAUAUGAGUUUAUCGGCUAUCAUAAGAAAAAAAAUCUUCCUAUCAAUUUAAUCGUUCUUCCUCGCUAUUUUCCAUCUCUUUUUAUCAUAAAGAAUUUACGUGUCUAUCCAUUUUUCCCAAAAAUUAUUAAAAAAAAUUAAAAGUGUAGAAUAAAACAAAAAUAAGUUCCAAAAAAAGCAAUAAAAUAAAAACUUGCUUCGAAUGAACAGAACAGUCUGGUAGAAUAUUACACAUAAAAAAAAAAAACAAACGGUGAUGGUGUUGUGAAAAAAAAAUCAAAUAAUUAAAAAAAAAAAUUAUGAAAAAUUUGAGUUUUUGUAGAUAGAUAGGCCAAAAAAGUCAAAUCGCGUAGGAACUAAGUAGGAAAAUUAUUUUCAUUUAAUUUUUUUUGUUUGUCAUCAAGAUUCGAUUUAACUUAAUUCCCGAAAAUUAAACAUGGAACGUGUAAAAAAUUAUAGUUAAAAGACAAUUAGAUCAAAAAAAAGUCCGAAAUAGCUAGAAAUGAUUAAAAAAAGAAGAAGAAGAAUGGUGAAUGGUUCAUUUAUAGUCGUAAAAAAAAAUAAUUACUACUGAGUGUAAAUAGUGAUAAAUAUUAAAUUAAAUUUUAAAUGUAGCAUUUUUUCAUCUUUAUUAUAUAUUAUACUAUAUUCAAUUCACAAAAACACACAUUUAC